GGGAAUCAAAACCCACCAUUUUUUCCUCACGUGCAGCACUCUCUUCUCCUUCUUCGUCCUUCUUAUUCUCCAACCCACCUAAGCUCCUAAUUUUGUUCUUUUCUCUGUUUUGCUUUUUUCAAACGGCGUCGCUUCAGAGGUUCAGCGAUGUCGUACGACUACCUAUUCAAGUACAUCAUCAUCGGCGACACAGGUGUAGGGAAAUCGUGUCUGCUCCUCCAAUUCACUGAUAAGAGGUUCCAACCUGUUCAUGAUCUCACCAUUGGUGUUGAGUUUGGCGCUCGCAUGGUCACAAUUGAUUCUCGACCCAUCAAGCUUCAGAUAUGGGAACUGUCAGCUGGGCAAGAGUCCUUUAGAUCCAUCACAAGAUCUUACUAUAGAGGAGCAGCCGGAGCACUUCUAGUUUAUGACAUUACAAGGAGAGACACAUUUAAUCAUUUAGCUAGUUGGCUGGAAGAUGCCCGGCAGCAUGCCAAUCCUAACAUGAGCAUCAUGCUCGUAGGGAACAAGUGUGACCUGUCUCAUCGAAGAGCAGUGAGCAAAGAGGAGGGGGAGCAGUUUGCAAAAGAAAAUGGACUUCUGUUUUUGGAGGCUUCUGCUAGGACUGCUCAAAAUGUGGAAGAGGCUUUUAUAAGGACUGCUGCAAAGAUUCUUCAGAAUAUUCAGGAAGGUGUCUUUGAUGUGUCGAAUGAGUCAUCUGGUAUAAAAGUUGGCUAUGGACGUCCCCAAGGUCAAUCAGGAGGCAGAGAUGGAACUGUUUCUGCAAGGGGUGGAUGUUGUAACUGAUUGAAGGGAAACCAGAUCUCAAUCUAAUCCUUUUUUGCAUCUAUUUCUGCCUCCUGUCUCAACUGAGUGUAUACUCUUAGACUUGACAUGGAACUUUUGGAGUACACUGCAACUUC